AUGAUGAAGACACCGAGUUCUCUUCUAUCAUCAUCAUUUUUAUGUGACAAACUCAUCUCCAACAACAACAACAACAGCAGCAACAGCCACAACAACAACAACAACAGCCACAACAUCAUCAACAUCAACAACAAUAACAACAACAACGACAACAACACCAUCAGCUGUAGUAGUGACAUGAUGUUAGAACAUGGAGCGAGUAGAACUAAAACAGCAAAUUCGACGAACCCUGCCACUACUACAACUGCUACCACUACUACAUUUGCGGCUACUACCAUCGCCGCUACUACAACCACUAUUACAACUACUACUACAACUACAAACAAUAACAACAACAAUAAUGAUAUUGGUUAUAAUAAUCAGAGUAACAACAACAGUAACAACAACAAUAAGAGGAACUGUAGAAGAAGCAAGCGAGAAGCAGCGAAACAACUACACCAAGAAGAGUUAAACGCCAAAAAAAUAAAAAAUCACGACGAUGACGUCAUUAUGAACAACAACAACAACCACUACAACAACAACAAAAACAACAAUAAUAAUGAGAUCAACAAUAAUAAUAACAAUAAUAUUAUUAUUAAUAAUAUUAAUAAUAAUAAUACCUAUCUAAAUAUCAAGAAUUGCAGUGAAAAUAAUGUAAAUUGCAUCACGAACAAUUGUUGUGACAACAACAACGACAAAAACAUUAAUAAUAAUUGUUAUAACAACAACAACAACAACAUCAACAACAAUAAUAAUAAUGCUGAUAAUUCUUUCAUGUUACUGUCGGAAUUCGCCGCGUUAGUAACAAACGAACAACAACAACAACAACAUCAACUACAACAACAUCAACAACAACUGCAACAACAAAACGUAACAACAACAACGUUCACAAACGAACUCAGCUACGUUAAUACUACUUCUGGCGCUGACGACAACAUCAACAACAACAUCAACAACGGCAGCAAAAGCAGCAGCAGCAGCAACAACAACAACAUUAAUAACAACAUUAACAAUAACAACAACCACAACAACAACAACGACUACCCGGACUUCGGUUACGUCAACUUUGUCAAUGAUGAGGAUGGCGAGAGUCAUUUCUGCUUCGAGUGUAAUAGAACUUUUAAAAGGGCCAUCUACCUUCGAAGACACGUGACCAGAGAACACUGGACGACGGCGAAACUCUUCAAAUGCGAUAUCUGUGCUUACGAGACCAAACAUCAGAGUAACCUACUCGUACAUAGACGGACGCAUACUGGGGAACGACCGUAUUUCUGUGGAGAAUGUGGCCACAGAUAUACCCAAGGCCACCUGCUAAAAGCCCACAUUCGCAGUCGUCAUCUGUCGAACAUGAAUUUAUAUCGCAUGGAUAAACGCGUAGCGCCAUUGAAUAACGCAUUUCUCUACACUGACGCCACUGCCGCUACUACAUUCACCACUACCACAGCUGCUAGUAAUGCCACUACUUCUACUACUACUUUCGUUAACAAUGGUAAUGUUGCUAAUAACGGUAAAAAUGACCAUAACUUUGGCGUCGUCAAUAAUAAUAGUAAUAGUAGUAACGGUAGUAGUUGUAGUAGUGGCAGCGGUGGUAGCAAUAAGUACUUCGGUGGCGGAGUAAUUGUUAGCAACAUCAACAACAUCAACAACAACAACAUCAAUAACAGCAACAUCAACAACAACAACAACAACAAACAUCUCUAUAGCGCCAGUAUCAACAAUAUGAUAAAUAACAUGAAUAUUAACAACAAAAACAACAACAGCAACAACAAUAGCAACAACAUCAACAGCGAAACUUGCAACUCAACAAAUACAAUAACAUCAAUAACAAAAAGACAACUUAUGGAUGACGUCAUAAGGCUGGAUAGCUCACCGGAAUGUUACCAACAACACGAUUAUUACGUCAUUAAUAACAGCAACAACGACAACAACGUCAACAACAUCAACAACAACGUCAUCAACAAACGUUCAAAUGAUUCGGUCGCGAGCGAUACUUACGAUGACGAUGACAUUCUAAUUGAUGUUGAUAUUGAAGAUGACAACGACGAUGAUGACUAUGACGUAAGCACCAACAACAUCAACAACAACAACAACAACAUCAUCAGCAACAUCAACAACAACAACAACAACAUCAUCAGCAACAUCAACAACAACAACAAUGAUAGCGUUCCUUUGGACUUAACAAUGAAAGAUUAUCACCAUUCUCUCACGAGAAAACAACCUCAGAAACAACUACAUCGGCAACAACAACAACAACAACAACUUCAACAACAACAACAUUUUCUGUAUGAGCAACAACAACCUACCGACCUAUCAUUAAAAUCGAGAAUAAAUCUCAUGCAAAACACCAACAACAUCAAUAAUUACAACAGCAACAACAACAACAUCAACAACUAUAACAUCAACAACAUUAACAACAACACACACAACAAUAACAACUCUAGUUUACAUAAAAAAGAACCAAAAAGCAUGAAAACCCCUAAUAGCAAAAAUGCUUUUCCCAAUUUCCCCAACAGUCCCAACAUUAACUCCAACAUCUCAGAUGCCACAACUAAAGCAAAUAAAUCAGUAAUAAUGAUGAAUAGACCAUUACAAAUCACAAAUACAAUACACAUUACUAAAGUUACAAAUACAAAUUAUAAUAAUACUAAUAUUAUUAUUAAUACAACUACUACAACCACUGCUGCUGCUAUUACUUCUACUACAACUACUGCAGCUUCUACUACAACUACUUCAACUACUGCUGCUGCUACUACUUCUACUACAACUACUACAACUAAUGCUGUUGCUGCUACUAUUUCUACCACAACUACUACCGCCAACAAUUUAUUUACUAACAUUACUCCUAAUGAGCUUAUGAUUAAUAACCAUACUAUUACUAAUGCCAUUAAUGGUAAUUAUGAUAAUGAUAAUUGCAAUAAUAAUAAUUAUUAUUAUAAUUAUAAUUAUAAUGAUAAUAACCUUGUCAAUGCCUCUUCAGCUAUCAUGGGCGUUGGUGUCGAUAGUAAAAAUACUACUACUACUGCUGUCGCUACUACUACUACUACUGCUGUCGCUACUACUACUACUACUACUACUGCUACUAAUACUACUACUACUAAUAACAAUAAUAAUAAUAAUAACGAAACGGUGAUUUCGUCAGGGUAUCAUGUAUCGGAAGAAGGCAAUUAUUUAAUUUUCGAUCCCAACAAAACUAUAUAUGGCGUCAACAACAACAACAACGACAACAACAUCAACAACAACAAUAAUAAUAAUAACAAUAAUAUCUUACCCAACAUUACCGAUAAUUACAUCAACAAUGAGCCAAAAUCUACCGACACCAAUGAUGAUACCAAUAAUAAUAACAAUAAUAACAACAACAACAAUAAUAAUAAUAACCAUUAUAAUUAUUUUAAUUAUAAUAAUUUUUCCAGCUACAAUAAGAUCGUCAACAACAACAGCAACAACAACAACAACAACGAAUGUAAUGACGGUAACAUUUACAGUGUAAAUGACAACAAGAACAAUCAACAACAAAAUAACCAAUUAUGCGGCGCUUCUUGUCCUGCUAAAAAUAAAUUAGAAAACUUACGUAAGAACGUCUGUAAGGUUUUGAAGGUUUUCAUGCCCUACCUGUCGAUAGUGGAGAUGGAAGAUUGUAGGACCGACACACUGGAUAAUUUCCUCAGUGAAGUUAUCCACAGCAAACUGGAAGGAUGGGAUGAAUGAAUGAAUGAAUGAAUGAAUGAAUGAAUGAACGAAUGAAUGAUUAAAUAUAUAAAUGAAUGAAUGAGUGAGCGAAUGAAUGAAUGGCGGAUGGAUAGAAGACUGUUAAACUGACACAUAGGACAAUGUUUCCAACGAAUUUUUCCAGAGUUAACUCAAACGAUGGAAUGAAUGAAUGGAUGAAUGAAUGGAUGAAUGAAUGAAUAAAUGAAUGAACGAAGGAAUAAAUUAAUUAAUGAUGGAUAGUUAGAUUGAUUUAAAACUCCACUAAUGUACGUAUAAUUUUUUUUCCAUUAGUUAUCAUACAUUGUAAAUAUAUUGCUUUCUUACAAAGUUGUGAUUGUAUAUAAUUAAUCAAUAAUCAAUUAUUCAGUUUUAAAUAAUAAUAAUAAUAGAAAUAAUAAUUAAUAAUAAUGUUAUUAUUUAUUGUUAUUAUUGUUAUGAGAACCGUGGUUUAGUCAAUUAUAUCACUUUCAUUUUAAUUUGAAUAAAGCGCUAGAAAAUGAUGAUGACGUUAUCAAUAAAUGAAUUAAUUGUAAUAGAAAUAAUAACAACCAA